UUUUGUUCAAGUGGCCUGGCUAUGUCGCACUACCGAACCUAAUGGGGUGCCUUGGCUCCGUCUUGUCACCUCAGUACGCCAUGCUAGAAUGCAGCCGCAGCUUUUGCUAAUAGCAGGAUGUUUACUACUAGCGCGCGGUGUUGAACUCUUGGACGUGGAGAAGGAUGAAUCUUGUUCAAUGCAGACAUACCAUGCGGUGGCAGACCCUGGCAAGCCUGGUUCAUCUGUCGAUGCAGACCUCCUUGACAGGUUAGUGCUCAAAGAUCCUGGACCAAAGGACAAGAGGUCCAGCUAUGCUAUGAUGGCCCAUUCUGCCCUCAUUUUCAAUCGAACAAGGGAUGGGAAUCAGACGGGAAAUGCGACUGCUGUGGAGGGGUUCUUCCGGAAAGCCAAGUCCUUUGUCACUUCCAGGCCUGAAGUGGUGGCAUUGAUCAAAGCGCUGAUGUUCUCCUUCGCACUGGCCUCACUGCUAGGUGGAGUGGCCAUUUGUCUUGGCGUUGCACGGUUGUACCCUCCAUACAAAUACCUCUCCUGGCGUGAUAUCCACGAAGUGGAGGGCUUUCGAAUAUCAUCGCUCUUGUCCUUCUGGGCGAGCCUUUCUGCAACUACAAAAGCGACACUUACGACCACCAUGAUCAUUUUCACGGCAACUUUCCUGCUGAUGUUAAAGCUCCACAUCAUCCAGCCUGUCAUCAAUCAGCUGACCUGCUACGUCUAUGUGUUUGUGGUGUUUGGCACAGUGACAGCUGUGAUCAUUUCGGACCUUACCUCUCAGGCCCUCAAAACGUUCAAAGACCAGUUGCAGCCCUUGCACAAGUUGCGGGAGCAGUUGCACAGGAUUCAGAAUAGGCUUCUCCUUGGCGGGGAGGAGGACGAAGCGCAGCUGGCCAAUGAUUGAGCCAGAAUUGUCGAAAAGAUGGGUUUUGGUCUCUUGAGUUGGUGCAGAAAGAUUCGAGUAGAAGCAGUCAUGGAGGAAACAGCCUAACAUGAAGGAUUGAAGCUUCAAGUAAAGUUAUAAGUAUACUGCAGUCAUUUGACAUGGGUAUUGUUGCAGCUCUCAAAGAGAUAUUGCUGAGUCGC